AUGAAUACUCAAAGAAGAUUUAAACCAGAAGACCCUUGCUUCAGGUGUAAAAGAGAAUUUGAAAUACAUUCCAACUCCCAUAAGUUUGGAAAAGAAUAUGAUAAUCCUAGAUAUAGGAAUAAUAGAGAAAUAAUACACAUUGUUGUUUCUGCAGAAAAUCUAAAUAAAACUUAUAUAUCUGACACAAAAGAGAUACUUUAUCCAAACAAAAGAAGAGGAAGAUAUGAAAGUGGAAGAGAAAGAAAAAGAAACAAAACACCACCUGAAUAUGAUCCUGUCAACAAUUAUAUCACUGAUACAAUACAAGAAAAACAAUUCAGAAAAGAAAUUUUAUGA